AUGUACAGAAACAAAAAUCCGUAUGCAAAUCAUCAACAAUACAACGAACAAACAAAUUCUACAAAUGCAAACACAUUUUAUCAACAACAACAACAAAACCAGUAUCUUGAUGAAAUAAAUUCUUAUUCCAAACCUCCUGCAUCUAAUUUCAGUAGUAAUUAUAUGAAUAACCAAAAUUCUCAUCACUCUUUUCAAGAAUAUGCACAAUCUCAAAUUACGGGGAAUGAUAUAAAUAACACAACAGGGAAGAAUAUAUCAUUAAAUCCUGGUGUUUUUCAAGAUGUACCAUCAUUGACUCUUCCAUCAAAUAUAAACUAUGGAUUUCUACAACAACAACAACAACAGCAGCAGCAGCAGCAAUUUUCAAGUAGUCCACUACAACAGCCACCCAUUUUAGGAAGUAUAUAUAAGCAUAACAAUAAUUCAAAUAGUUUAGUACAGAAUACAACAGGGCUAAGUCAUCAGCAUGAUUCACCUAUCCAAGGUAUUCCUCAACCAAGACAAUCAUUUAGUCCAAGUCAAUAUUCUUCUGAAUCAGAUUAUAAUAGUAUUGGACUGGGACAAACUAAUACUAAUAAUAACCUCAGUAAUACAAGUAAUAAUAAUUCCAAUUUCGGAACUUCAAAUAGUAACGAUCAUAGCGGUGCAAGUAGUCCAUUCCAUCAACCGCACUAUGAGCAUAGCGAUUCGGUAUCUCAAAGAAGUGCAGCAAUAAGUUUUACUAAUCUACCUCAACCUGGUGAUAGUAAUAAUAAUAUUGGGAAUGUUAGUCCAGUAUUAUCUCAAUCUUACCAACAAUCAACUUUCAACAACAACUAUAACAACACUAAUACUACUACUACUACUACUAAUAAUAAUAAUAAUAAUGUUAAUAAUGUUAAUAUUAAUGAUAAUAAUAGCAAUGUUAAUAAUGUUACUGGGAAUAACUAUAUGUAUUUUGAAAGACGACCAGAUCUUUUGACUAAAUCUACACAAGAUAAAGCUGCCGUGGUUAAAUUAAAAAUUGAGAACUUUUACCAACAAUCAGUUAAAUAUGCUAUUGAAAGAAACGAACGUAGAGUUGAAUUAGAAACAGAAUUAGCAUCUCAUGAUUGGUCUGAAGAAAGGAAAUCUCGACAGUUGGCUUCAUUGGGUAAGAAAGAAUCACAGUUUUUACGUCUUAGAAGAACAAGGUUGUCUUUAGAGGACUUCCAAACCGUUAAAGUUAUUGGUAAAGGUGCAUUCGGUGAGGUUAGAUUAGUACAAAAGAAAGAUACAGGAAAAGUGUAUGCUAUGAAGACAUUACUAAAAUCAGAAAUGUAUAAGAAGGACCAACUAGCGCAUGUGAAAGCUGAAAGAGAUGUCUUGGCAGGCAGUGAUUCUCCAUGGGUAGUUUCGUUGUAUUAUUCUUUCCAAGAUGCUCAAUAUUUGUAUUUAAUUAUGGAGUUUUUACCAGGUGGUGAUUUAAUGACCAUGCUAAUAAGGUGGCAAUUAUUUACGGAGGAUGUUACAAGAUUUUAUAUGGCAGAAUGUAUUUUGGCUAUUGAGACAAUUCAUAAACUGGGUUUUAUUCAUAGAGAUAUUAAACCAGAUAAUAUUUUAAUUGACAUUAGAGGCCAUAUUAAAUUGUCCGAUUUUGGUUUGUCUACAGGUUUCCACAAGACACAUGAUUCUAACUAUUAUAAAAAAUUAUUACAAGAGGAUGAUGCUGGCAACGCCAAUAACGUUAACAAUGGUUUCAACAAACCAGGUCAAAACAAUAAUACUAAGAGGCAAACAAUGAUGGUGGAUUCUAUUAACUUAACUAUGUCUAACAGACAACAAAUUCAAACUUGGAGAAAGUCGAGAAGAUUGAUGGCAUAUUCUACUGUGGGUACACCAGAUUAUAUAGCACCAGAAAUUUUUUUAUAUCAAGGAUAUGGUCAAGAAUGUGAUUGGUGGUCACUGGGUGCUAUUAUGUACGAAUGUUUAAUUGGUUGGCCCCCUUUCUGUUCUGAGACUCCACAAGAGACAUAUCGUAAGAUUAUGAAUUUUGAACAAACUUUACAGUUCCCAGAUGACAUCCAUAUUUCGUACGAAGCAGAAGAUUUGAUUCGUCGUUUAUUAACACAUGCAGAUCAAAGAUUAGGUAGGCACAGUGGUGCAGAUGAGAUUAAAGCACAUCCAUUCUUUAGGGGUGUUGACUGGAAUACAAUUAGACAAGUGGAAGCACCAUAUAUUCCAAAAUUAAGUUCUAUCACAGAUACAAGAUUUUUCCCAAUAGAUGAGUUGGAAAAUGUCCCAGAUUCACCUGCAAUGGCACAAGCGGCCAAACAAAGAGAACAAAUGAUGAAACAAGGUGGUAGUGGUCUUAAUAAUGGUGCAGCAAUUAAGGAGGAUUUACCAUUCAUUGGUUAUACCUACUCUAGAUUUGACUAUUUGACCAGAAAAAAUGCAUUGUAA